AAGGCAUCAUGAAGUCUGCUCUGAAAGUCUUAGGCGCUUUUACCUUUUUGCAUAUCUGCUUCUCUAGUCCCGUGCGUCGUCCAACCAACUGGCUCAGACAAUGCCGGGCCUCCACGAACAUCUCCAUCACAGCCUUGGAAGUCCUGCCAGGAGGAGGCUGGGACAACCUUCGUAACCUGGACAUGGGUCGAGUGAUGAACCUAAGCUACUUUCAAUGCCAAACAACUGAGGAUGGGCUCUACUUCAUCCCAGAUGAGGUGUUUGUCAUCCCACAGAAGGAGACUGGCUUGGAGACCAACUCUGAGAUAAUCAGCUCCUGGCAGGAGCAGAAAAGCACCACAUCUCACUCCAUAAACUCGGACGUAUCAUUCUACUCCAUCCUUAAUGGCAAAUUUUCUCUAGAGAGCACAAGAAUGAAAUCCCAUCAAGUCAAAGAUUCAUCAACAACAGCCAGAGUGCAGGUUCGCAAUUUGAUCUACACUGUUAAAGCCUACCCAGACUUCACACUGGAUUUCCGCUUUACCCAGCAAGUCAAAGAAAUUGCAGACGCAAUUGAAAACAAUCAGACAAGGAAUGCAGACUAUCUCUCAGAGAAGAUGGUGCUGGACUAUGGAACCCACGUUAUCACCAGUGUAGAUGCUGGGGCUUCUCUGGUGAAAGAAGACUAUCUUCGUCUUUCAUAUGUGUCAGUUAAUACUUCAGACAAUGUAAACAUCAAAUCACAGGCUGCAUUCAAAUUUUUUGAUGAUCUGAAAUUUGAUAUUAGCAGUGAGUCUAGCCAUCAAAGCUCAUCCCAAGAAACAUAUCAGUACAACAACAAUGUUCAGUACUCGCUAAUUAAAAGCCAUGGGGGCAUACCAUUCUAUCCUGGGAUCACUCUGCAGAAGUGGCAGGAAAGUACCAGAAAUAACUUAGUUGCAAUCGACCGAUUUGGAUUUCCUCUUAGCAAUUUCAUAAACAAAAACACUUUCCCUGAUCUGCCAGAACCUACAGUUGGCAAAGUAGCUCGUAGAGUGAUAAAAGCAAUAGAACGCUACUACAAGAUCAACACCCGUCCUGGCUGCGUUGACAUCACCUCCAAGAACUUCAACUUUCAGGCCAAUAUUGAUGAUAAUUCCUGUGAGGGCCCAGCCACCAACCUCAGCUUUGGGGGGGUCUACCAGGAAUGUACACAACUCACCCGAGAAGCAGGUGUACUUUGUGAUGCACUAGCCCAAAAAAACAUAGGGACAGGUAACAUGUCUUGCCGCUCACCUUACAAUUCAACUUUGUUGCGAUCAGAAAUUAGACAGCAGGGUUACAGUUCAUAUGAAUGCCACACAGAAAGGGAUGAUUGUUUUUUAUUCUUUAAUUGUGACAGGCAGGUUUGCGGCAAUGUGUAUCGUGUUCGCUCUGUUCGUAUAGAUACCUACUGGUGUUCUGUGAAUGGAUUAGCUCCAGAAUAUUCUGGAUAUCUGUUUGGAGGAAUAUACGGUCCCUCCUUUUUAAAUCCCAUCACUAGGUCCAAAACCUGUCCUCCAAACUUCAUCCCAGUAAAGUUUCUGUCUGAUGGCCAAAUAAUCUGUUUAAGUAAUGAUUAUGAAACUGGUACCAGAUACUCUGUACCAUUUGGAGGUCUCUUCAGCUGUCAGUCUGGUAAUCCACUGGCUAAAAACCAAAACAGAUGUCCUCCCAAAUUCAGUCAACACCUCGCUACAGUAAGCGAUGGAUGUGAAAUUCUUUACUGUGUCCAGUCUGGAUUAUUCACAGGAGGUGAGCUGCAACCAAUCCGUCUUCCUCCAUUUACCAAACCUCCACUUGUCAGCAUGCAUGUUACAAACACAGUGAUGGUGAUGACUGAAGGAGAGAAGAAUUGGGUCAGGGUGGGCCCCACUAAAGCAUGGAGACUUGUGAAGCCAGAGGAAAUCCAGAACCUUGCUCGAACAUUCAACCCAGGAUCAAAUCCAGGAUCAAAUCAGCCCUCUUCGUCUCUCAACACAACAAAAGAUACAGGGACAUAA